GUAGGCAAACUGAAAAUGCCUUUAUAUGUUGAUGACGAUGAUGAAAUUAUUGAAAUGAUUCCACCAACAUUAUCAUCAUCAAAUAUUCAUGAUCGAAUGAUGCAUAUGAAUACUGAUCACCAUCAUCAUUCGCAUCAACAUCAUCAAUAUCAUCAUCCACAACAUGGUCGUCAGAAUCAUCAACAACAUCAACAUGAUCAUCGUAUGACCAAUAAUCAAAAUAAUCAACAACAACAACAACUAGUCAAAUGUACAUUAGAUAAUGAUCAAUGUCUUAAUCUAGCCAAUAUUUUACAAUCAUUUCAAACAGCUAUUAAUGAAGAACAAGCAUGGGCAUUAUGUUAUCAAAUUGUUAAAUGUUUUCGUCAAUAUUAUCAACCUACAAAUAAUAAUAAUAAUAAUACUAGUCAUCAUAAUCAUCAAAAUUGUUACCUCGUUACUGAUCCAUCACAUGUUCAUUUACAUAAAGAUGGUUAUGUACAUCCGAAAACACUUUAUCAAAAAACUAAUGAUCAAGGAAAAAGUCGUACAUUGGCCAAAAGUUCUCAUAAGUUAUUAACAUCAUUGGGUAUUGUUUUAUUUCAUGCACUUGAUUAUGGUUUAUGUGAUGAUGAAGAACGUACAUUAAGUAAACCAUUAGAAUUACUUAUUGAACGUUUGACAACGGCACAUGAAUUGGCCUCAAGACAUCAUCAUCAUAAUCAUGAUCGACAAAAAUCAUCAAUAAAACGAACAACACGAAAAAGAAAAUUCAAUGAUAAAAAAUGUUCAGCACCAACAACCGUGGCUACAUCAUCGAUAUCAGCACCUAUCACAUCAACAACAUCGACAACAGCUAGAAAUGAUAAUCAAAUGAGUUCAAUUGGAUCAAUAUGUUUAGAUGAUGAUGAUAAUGAUGAUCAUCACGAUCAUGAUGAUGAUAUUGUUAUGGAAGAUAAUAAUGAUUACGAUGAUGAUAAUGAUGAUGACUUUGAUGAUGAUGAUGAUGAAUGUGCUAUGGCUGAUGAAGGUAUUGAACAAGAUUGUCAUGAAUAUAGUGGUCAUGAAACAACAACAUCAUUGAAUGGUUCACCACCUUCAACAUCAUCAUCAACAAUAACAUCAUCAUCAUUACCGGGAUAUAAUCAUUGUCGAACGAAUAAUAAAUAUUUACUUAAUUUUGAUCAUGUUAUGCAGAUGUGUGUUUCAAGAUUAUCUUGUCAAGAAUCAGCCGAUAAUCAUUAUAAAGCUGUUUGUCGUGCAUUAUUAGCCGAAACAUUAGAAUUAUCAACAUUUUUGGAUCAAAUAGCCAAAGGAACUAAGGAAUUACGAAAAUCAUCUGUACUGAGAAUCGAAUCAUCAUCAUCAUCAUCAAACAAUAAUAAUUUAAAUAAUAUUGAUGAUAAUGAUGAUUGUACAACAUUAGAACGAUUACAAUUUCAUGAUUGGGCACGUCUUUGGAUACAGGUGAUACGUGAAUUAAGACAUGGUGUAAAAUUGAAAAAAGUUAAUUAUCAACAGGAUUCAAUAUUUAAUCAUCAUCAAGAAUAUGAAUUAACACCAUAUGAAAUGUUAUUGGAUGAUAUACGUUCACGUCGUUAUAAAUUGAAUAAAGUUAUGAUUAAUGGUGAUCUACCACAACGUUUGAAAAAAGAUGCCCACGAAUUAAUAUUGGAUUUCAUAAGAUCACGACCACCAUUAGUACCGGUAUCGAAUCGGGUGUUGAAACCUGCACCACCAAAACAGGUAACCAUAUAUGAAAAACUUAUGGAUUCUAUUCGUCAACAAGAACAUCGAUUACGACCAACAUCAACAAAACAAUAUUCAUUUUCAGCCAAUGUAACUCCAUUACAUUUUUCAACAGCUAAUGAAAAUAAUGGUAAAACAACAACAACAACAACAACAACAAUGGUACAAUCAACAAACAAUUCAAAUCAAAGGCUUGGUUCAACAACAACAACAACAGUAACAAGACGUAAAAAAGUUAUUAAAGCUGAUAUAAAAUUGGAUCUAUUUUUGGAUGAUGAUGAUGAUGAUAAUAAAAGUAUUAAUAAUAACGAUGAUGAUGAUGAAGAAAUUAUUGUUGAAAUUCCAACAACAACAACAACAAAAAGAUCAACACGAUCAACAAGGCCAAUGUCGGCAUAUUUUUCAUCGGAAAUUCAAUCAUCAUUGGAACAUCAUCAUUAUGAUGAGGAUGAUGAUGAGAUUCAAAAUGAAAAUAAUGAAUCAAAUGAUUUGAUUAUUGAUGAUGAUGAUAAUAAGCCAUUUCAAAGGCUUAAAAAACUUUCGAAUCAAUUUUUCGCAAAAGAACGUCGCCAUUCAAUAAGUGUUUGUGAUCUUAGUACAUUGGAAAAAUAUCAACAACAACAACAACAGCAAAAUGCUAACGAUAUAAUCGAUGAUUUAGAUUUUGAUGAAGAUCAUCGUAAUCAUGUUGCUGCAAUUUGGGAAAAAAAUGAUUUUGGUAAAUCAUUAGAAUGUUUAUCAUUAACAUUGAAAGAAGUACAACAUAUACGUUCAGUAUUAACAAAAGCUGAAAUUGAAUCCCUUGGUGUAACAAAAUCAUUGAAAAAAGAUUUAGAAAAUGGAAAAAUUUGUUUUACAUGUUUGAAAACACGUUUUACAUUUUGGGGUCCAUGGGCUACCGUUUGUAAACUAUGUAAUCGUUCAAUUUGUGAUAGAUGUGCCACUAAAAUGCAUAUACCAACCGAACAAUUUGAUCGUGUACCAAUCUAUAUGCUAUCACCAACACCAUCACCACCAAAUGAAAAACAUGUAUUGGAUAUGUUUAAAUUUGCUAAUAACAAAGAUCAUCAUCAUCAUAAUCAUCAUGGUGAUAAUAAUCGAGAAAAACAAAACGAAAAACCCGAAGAAAUUGAUAAUAAUGAAAAUAAUGAAUCAAAAUCAUUACCAACCAAAUUAAAUUCUUCACGUAAUCGUAUGACAAAAUUAAUGCGUAUGCUAUUGAUUAAUAAUAAUAAUAACAAUCGAAUGUCACAACAAAAUAAUGUUGAUGAUAAUGACGAUAAUGAUGCUAAUGAAGAUUAUCAUUAUCAUGGACCUCUAGUCAAAGUUUGUCGUGAUUGUAAAAUAUUGGUACGCCAUCUGAUUAAUAUUGGACAUACUAAUUUUAAUGGUGUAAAUUUUCAAUCAAAAUCAAAAUCAAAUCAACAACAACAACAACCGACGAUGAUAUCAACCGAUUAAAGGGAAUCAAUGAAGAAAUGGAUCGCUGUGAUAUUAAAAAUGAAAAAAAAGAAGUUUUUU